UGCGCGGCCGGCGGGAUGGGGGGCGGCGCAUCGGCCCUGAGGGUCUGCGCCGAGCACCGCGGGGGCAUCAACUGGCUCAGCCUGAGCCCGGAUGGGCAGCGCCUGCUGACGGGCAGCGAGGACGGCACGGCCCGGCUCUGGAGCACCGCGGACGGCCAGUGCUGCGCCCUCCUGCGAGGCCACGAGAGCUACGUGACCUUCUGUCAGCUGGAGAACGAGGCAGCCUUCACGUGCAGCGCUGACCGCACCAUCAGGAAGUGGGACGUGCUGACCGGGCAGUGCCUGCAGGUGUUCCGAGGACACACGUCCAUUGUGAACCGGAUCCUGGUCACCAACAACCAGCUCUUCAGCAGCUCCUAUGACCGGACGGCUCGCGCCUGGAGUGUGGACAAGGGGCAGGUGUCCCGGGAGUUCCGGGGCCACCGCAACUGUGUGCUGACUCUAGCCUACUCUGCCCCCUGGGACCUGCCUGGGGCUCCCUUCGAGGAGGAGGUUGUGGCCGGGGGGCUGCUGGUGACAGGCAGCACGGAUGGCACGGCCAAGGUGUGGCAGGUGGCUAGUGGCUGCUGCCACCAGACGCUACGGGGCCACACGGGUGCUGUGCUGUGCCUUGUGCUGGACACUUCCAGCCACACGGCCUUCACGGGCAGCACGGACACCACCAUCCGCGCCUGGGACAUCCUGAGUGGGGAGCAGCUGCGGGUGUUCCGGGAGCACCAGGGCUCUGUCAUCUGUCUGGAGCUCGUGAACCAGCACGUGUACUCGGGCAGCGCCGACAGGACCGUCAAGUGCUGGCUGGCGGACACGGGGGAGUGUGUGCGCACGUUCCCAGCCCACAGACACAGCGUGAGCGCCCUCAAGUACCACGCCGGCACCUUGUUCACGGGCAGCGGGGACGCCCGCGCGCGCGCCUUCGACGCCCAGUCCGGAGCGCUGCAGAGGGUGUUCCGCGGCCACGCCUUCAUCAUCAACUGCAUCCAGGUGCACGGCCAGGUGCUGUACACCGCCUCUCACGACGGCGCGCUGCGCCUCUGGGACGUGCGCGGACUUCCCCGCACCCCACCACCGCGCCCCGCCGCCCCCCAGCGCAGCCUCUCCCGCCUCUUCAGCAACAAGGUGGGCUGCGCCACCACGCCCUUGCAGCCGGCCUGAGCCCGCCGACACCUGCCCACCCACGGACCCAUCCAGAGACCCACAGAGGGA